CAUUCUUAUUGGGGUUACUGAAGGGGACGGGGUGGAGGGGCCGGUUUGCCAUGGAAACAGUCACAAAACAAGCUGGUCCCAGAGCGAGAGAGACACACAAAAACAUGCUUCAAAUCCGGGAAGGAAUCUCAGUAUCAAUCUCUGCAAUUUAGUUAGAGGAGACGGUGUGCCAAAGAAGGAGGAAGACUUGUGUGAAAGGAUGGACGCAGCUUCACUUGACUAGAAGAAAAGGCGAUGAAAAAUACUGGAGCGGUAUAAAAGCACUCCAGCAUUUCAGAGGAACGCUUUGGACCAGGACUCACGGUUAUUGCUCGUCUGGAUAUCAUUAUGAACUCCGACACUCAGUAUGAGGACUCGGUGUCUGUCAUGGUUCUGGAGAACAUCAAGAACAAGCUGUUACAUGCUUUCAGAACAUCAGCAGAGCCGAGAACAGAGACGGCUUCUCAUCCGAUCGGAAAGAGUUUCCAAGUUAAUGAAGAGCUUCGGAGAGCCAAAAUAGAUGGAGCCAUUACUUGGUUAAGAUCAGAACUGCUGGAGAUGCGUUCUCAGGAUCGUCAGCUGGCUCAGACUCUGCUGGGACUCAAUAAGGAGAUUCAGAGGCUCAGACGGGAGAACGGAUCUCUGCUGCUGGAAGCUGACGGCAGUGAGCAGCACCUGUGACCCGCAGAGAUGAGCCGAGCCGGGCUUAACGAGGGGACAUGCACUGAUGAUCCAUGAUGUGUGUGGAGGAGUGGAAACAAACGUGUUUGUGACAGAAGGAACUUUCCUCUUCUGGAGUGCACUUUGGCUUAUUUUCACAUUUCCUGUGGGAAAAGAUACUGAAGGCAUAUUCAUGUACGUGAAAACUUUACCAAAUAUCAGCCAAACUGGGUGCUAAGAUUAAUAUUCAAAACAACAGACACACCCAUUUACAGCUGGCAUUAAAGGGCUAGUUCACCCAAAAAUUAAAAUAAUGUCAUUAAUUCAUCACCCUCAUGUCGUUCCACACCCGUAAGACCUUCAUUC